AUGAAGGUAUUCGCACCCCUUCUCUUCCUCGGUCUGGCUGGCCUCUCCAGUGCCCGCACCGAUCUUCUCGGCUGCAUCUCGUCUGCAACCACCAACCAAUGGCACGAAGCCAGUAUGAUCUGGUAUGUCGAGGAUACAGGCGAGAUCUGCGACUUCCCCGACUGCGGCGGAGGUCGUGCUCCUCCCAAGACCGACCAGCCUGGCUGUCCGCUGUAUUCCGGCACGGCCACCUUGACACCCAGCUAUCUGCUCGGAUGGGGCCCCAACGGCAAAAUGGCUGCUACUUCGUCCACUGCCUCGGAAACCGCAACCUCCUCUUCCUCUUCCUCUUCCUCGAAGAUAAAGGCGACGGACAAUCCUACCGAGUCGACGACCAUCCAGGAUUCUAUGGUUACUCGUGCACCAACCUUUUCGCCCAUUGUUUCUAUGACUUCGUCCACCUCGCCGAUUUCGAAGGCUUCUAACUCGACUUCCUCGGCCACGACGACUACUGGGACUGGAAAUGCCGCUGGUAUUUCGUCCGCAAAUAUGGCUGGCGCUAUGGCGAUUGUGAUGGCCGUUGUGGGAGGCAUUGCCCUCUAA